GCAUCGAGCUCGUCAGACAAACACAGCGGGAGUCCGUACGAUGGGCGUUAAGGAGGCAAGAUGAUUCACGUCUUCAACGGCUGCUUGGAGAUCUGCGCGCUGCCGGCCAAGGCAUGCGCAACCUGCGGGGAGUGCUGCGGCGAGGCCUGCUCCGGUUGCACCGAGCGCCUGGACCAGCCUUUGGCGCUCUACGUGGUGGUGGGCAUGCUUGCGAGCCUCGCGGAGCUGAUUUGUUGCGUCAUGGCCUUCCAGGACCCGCUGAGCCAUUGCGAGCUUCCUGAGGGCUUUCCACACCAAGUUGGGGCCUGCGGUUGGGUCAAGGUGCAAAUGGGCUGCGCCUUUCUGAAUUUCAUGUUCCCACUCUACGUGCAGCACCAGCUGAUGCGCGCGAUCGCGCACCGGCAGCAAUCUGGGGCCAUGUCCCAGAAGGAUGUAAAGGAGAGCUUCCAAGAAGUGUUUCUGGAAGACUUCGGUGUCUGCCUUUACGUCUUCGCAUGGGUGGCCAGCCUGGUGUGGAGCGUGCUGGGCGUGUCGUGGUUGCACCACACUGGCUGUGACCCUUCAGGCUGGGGCCGCGGUGCAGCCUUCCUUGGCAUCGCCUUCUUCUGGGGUCUACUCUUCUACAGCAUGGCUUGGUACUGCUACACUACGUGCGUGUCAGCUACCCCUGUGCAGUGGGCGAUGCGGGUGCAUUCGGAGGUCAAGGGCUCCUCUCCACUGCGGGGCGCUGGCCAAGGACAUCCCAUGGCGCCGGCCGCUGCUGCUGCUGCGCUGCCCCGCUCGGGCUGCGCAAAGGCCCUGACGGCUGGGCAGCUUUUGAAGCUAGCCGCCUGCCUUGGCCUGGACCUCAUGGGCGACUCCACCUACUUCGUCCCCGGAGCGGGGGAGGCCGCGGAUUUGGCCUACGCGCCCAUCCAGUCCAUCGCGUUGAUCAUGCUCUUCCAGUCCCGGAGCAUGGCCGGCCUGGGCUUCCUUGAGGAGAUCUUGCCCUUCACGGACUUCAUCCCCACAGCCACCUUGGCCUGGUUCAUCGACACCUUUGCGGCGGAGACCUGCUUCGGCCGUGCCUUGGGCUUCGGCGACCGGUCCCGCGGCACUUCCGAGUCCUCCGACUCGGACUGAUCCGCGGCCCAAAACCAGCGACCAAUUGCCCCAACGUCAGGACGUCAGGAGAGGGUUUCCAAUGUUUACGGCUGCUCAUUUUGAGUUCCCCCGC